CCCCCUCCUCCUCCUUCCUCCCUUCUUCCUCCUCCUCGAUUCCAUCAAGAGAGAGAAGCAGCGAGCGAGCUAGAGAGAGAGAGACAUAGAGGAGUCACGUACCCAUCCAUUGCCGCCGGCCUCUUCUCGCUUCGUCUCCUGAUCGAUCGAGCUCGCCGGCCUCUUCCUCCCGGACCCCAAGAAACCCAAGCAAGCGAGCGCAUAUGCUUCCCCGGGUCCGUCUGAGAGUCGCACGCUGAUGCGAUGUCGCCGGUGAUCAGCGAGAUCCUCCUCUCCGGGUUUAUGAUCAACUCCACCCUAAGGCGCCGAACGCACCUCGUCCAGUCCUUCUCCGUCGUCUUCCUCUACUGGUUCUAUGUCUUCUCAUAAACUACUCGCCCCACUCCAGACCAGCCCCUUCCUUCUCUCCCUCCUCCUGCUUUAGCCUUCCCCCCUCUCGUCUUCCUCGCCGUACGUCGUCACUUCCUCUCUAGAUUCCCUAGCUGGUAACUUUGGUGGUGCUUCCGAGUCUUCCUUCUUGCAAGAAAAGAAAGCAGAGCUGAGCUCUAGCUCGCGCGCGCGCUUCCCAUGGCGUCUUCCAGCGGGAGCGGGAGCACGGGCUCGCUCUCGGCCAUGGCCGCCAUGGCGGCCGCGGGGGGCACGGAGGAGGAGGUGCGGGCGCUCAUGGAGCAGCGCAGGGCCAAGCGGAUGCUCUCCAACCGGGAGUCGGCGCGCCGGUCCAGGAUGCGCAAGCAGAGGCACCUCGACGACCUCGCCGCGCAGGCGGCGCACCUGCGCCGCGAGAACGCGCACGUCUCCGCCGCGCUCGGGCUCACCGCGCGGGGGCUCCUCGCCGUCGACGCCGAGAACGCCGUCCUCCGCACGCAGGCCGCCGAGCUCACCGCGCGGCUCAGCUCCCUCGAGGAGAUCGUCGCCUGCAUGAACGCCACCGCCAACACCAACAACGCCACGGCCGCAGCCGUCGCGCUCACCGUCGCCGCCGCCGCGGCCACCGCCGCCACGGACCCGCUCCUCGGCGGCUUCGACAGCGCCGCCUUCGACGACAUGUUCAGAUCCUCCAACGAGAUGUUCAUGUUCCAGCCCUGCUAGCCUAGCCACCCAUGGCACAGAAGCAACAAGUCGUCAAGAACAACAAAAGAAGAUCAUCGUUUUUUCCUGAUCCUUUUCAGGUUAAUCUGGAGAGCAGUAUAUGGAGUUUUUACUGCACCUAACUAAGCUAGCAGCUAGCUGGGGUUAAUUAAUUAUUAAUGGCCUAAUUAGCAUGUGUAAUUGUGGGGUUCUAGCUACUCUGGUAAUAUGGUUCUUAUAUAUGUUUAGCAUGCAUCGAUCAUCAUGUAACUCCACUAUGUAAGCUCUCUCUUUAUGUGUUGUUCUUCUUUCAGACAAAGGAAGUGCCAUAUAUAAUUACUCUACUUACUUA